AUGGACGACCUAUCGGGCCUCGAUUGGUCCGCCAAGCCAGCAGGCAUGCAACCGAAGCAGCCUGUGAUGAACUCGGCCUACACUUCAUUGCGACCGAUACCAUCCCCACUCGCGUCUGGACGCAACACGCCUCUGUCAGCCCAGGGAUCGGGCUCCGUCACGUCCAAGCCCGCUCCCGUGAAGCCAUCGCAAGACAGCUUCAGCAACUUGAUGAACUUUGGCCCCGCCAAGGCGAAACAGAACCUGAGUUUGGCCGAGCGACAGGCCCAGCUGGAAGCAGAGAAGCGCAAGAAGGAGGAGGAGAAGAGGAAGCUGGCCGAAGCACAGUUUGGAAAUGGCCAGUUCUGGGACACCCUGGGAUCUCGAGGCUCGUCGGCGAGCCCUGCAACUCAGCCGCCCCCUAUUGCAAAGCCCGCUAGGAACGACGACGACGAUCUCUUCGCCGCCUUUAAUAAGGACACGAAGGUCGACAGCGCUAGCCACUACCCCCCUCCCGAGUCGCAACGAUCUACUCCCGCAAACGCCGCAUCGAUAAACCUAAGCGACCCUUCUGCUUGGGGGAAUUCGAGCAGCGGACACAAUGGAGGGUUUGGGGUGGAAGAUGAUGAUCUUUUUGGGUUGAAUCAGAUGAAGCCGGCUCCCGCAGCGCAGAGGCAGCAGGUGAACGACGACGACGACUUCUUGGGAGACUUGGCACGCCCUGUCGAGGAGGUUCGGCGAAAGCAAGAAACCGCAUCCCGCCCGGAACCCGGAAAGCCAAUCGAAUAUGAGGAGGACGACGACUCGAGUUCGGCCGAUGAGCCACCGCAGCCAGUUGAACGACGGCCCAGGGUGAACAAGGACCCAUUUGAUAUAGCUGUAGCACAGCUCGUAGACUACGGAUUCUCUGCACAGGAUGCUCAACGGGCCCUGGUAGAGAGCGGUCAGGGUUACAACGCACAAGCUGCAGUCAACUGGCUCCUGGACGAGGCACACCGGAAAUCCAAGGAAAAGGCACUGGGAGGACAGGCACCACAACCACAGGGACCCCAGGGAAGAAGCUCAUCUACCAACUCAAGCCGAGCUCCCCGGGGUAUCGACAGGUCUCCCGCUAGGGCAGAGCCUGACUUGACCAAGUCGGCUGCUGCGGUGGGUAGCAGUUUGUUCAAGACUGCAAACUCGCUCUGGAAGACGAGCCAAAAGAAGGUGCAGCAAGCAGUUGCAGAGUUCCAACAGGAUGGCGACCCCAGCCAACCCAAGUGGAUGCGAGAGGCACAGCAAGGCCGGACGCAAGGGUCUACCAGAGCCACGGCAGACGUCACCGACGAAGCUCUUAUGCUCGAGGCUGGCGGCCGUCCAGAGCCUAGGCGGACCAGCCGACCUGCUCCUGAGCAUAGGACCGCAUCGCAGCCUGUCUCUCGUGGACCUUCGCCAGCCCACUCCUCGGGAAGCCGGGCCAGUCCUGCCCCAAGGUGGCAGCAACAUGCCCCUCCAACGGCCGCGUUUGAUUCCAGGUCGAGACUUGAUCGGCUGGCAGCAGACGAUGACUUCUCUGCGUACAGCAGUCCCAACCGGAGGAAGAAGGCAGCCUCCCCCGCGCCAGCACCCGCGAUGAGGGUCGUUGAACCAGAGCCCGACCUGCUCUUCAACUCACAGCAGCCCAAACCCUCCCAGUCUCUCCCUCAGCGACCAGCUCAAAGGCCAGCUCAGCCAGCCAAGCGACCCUCACCAGCGCCGAAACCUGCCCCGCGCCCUACCCGACAGAUCCCUUCCAUCAGCCCUGUGGCUCUGCAGACCUCGACGCAGCACCGACUCCAAGGUACUGCCCACUUCAAGCGUGGCGAUUAUGCAUCAGCCCACUCCUCGUACACGACCUCGCUAUCGGCAGUCCCCCCAACGCACCCUCUGGUUAUUGUCCUUCUCACCAACCGUGCCCUAACGGCCCUCAAGACCGGUGAACCGAAGCAGGCCGUGGAUGAUGCGGACACCGCUCUGAAGCUCAUCGGUCCAGGGAAUGGACAGGACGAAGUUGUUGCGGUGAGAGGCGAGAGUGGACAGGAUGAGAACCGAGAUAUGAAGGAUCUCUAUGGCAAGGCUUUGAGUCGGAAAGCGGAGGCCUUGGAGCAGAUGGAGAAGUGGGCGGACGCCAGUACCGUCUGGCAGCUCUGCGUCGAGGGCGGCGGUGGUGCGAACGCGAUCAAGGGUCGCCAGCGCUGCCAGAACGCCCUCGCGCCCAAGCCGAAGCCUGCGCCCAAGCCGGCCGUCAAACCGCGACCUAGGCCUUCAGCGACCGCUAGCCUUGCGCCCACGAAAAGCUCCGAGGCCGUCACCCGUCUGCGGGAAGCUAACGAUGCUGCUGCCAAGGAGGACGACGAGAAGUUUGCCCUCUCAGAGAAGGUUGAUGCCAGGGUCGCGGCAUGGCGUGACGGCAAGAGAGACAAUCUCCGCGCUCUGCUGGGCAGCAUGGAUCAAGUCCUCUGGGAGAACAGUGGGUGGAAGAAGAUUGGCUUGCACGAGCUGGUCAUGGCCAACAAGGUCAAGAUUUCCUACAUGAAAGCUAUUGCAAAGACCCACCCUGACAAGAUUCCCCAGGACGCAAAUACCGAGGUGAGGUUGAUUGCCGGCUUGGUGUUUAGCACGCUGAAUGAGAGCUGGGACAAGUUCAAGGCAGAGAAUGGGCUAUGA